GUUCGUGGUUUUGCGGCGUGAGCGCGCGCGUUCGUCGAGCGCUGCUUCGUUUGUUCGCCGGAGGCUGCUGCCUCCUGCAUUCCUCGAGGCCGUUGUUAUCGCCUCUGGUAAUCCUUGCCGAAAGGGAUCACUGACGUCAGCAGGACGAUACUGUCUCUCGCCGUGCGAUCCAAGAACUGCCCUGUCGGUGCCGGCCCUCGUGGUGCGGCAUGAGGCAUAGCCGGCACCAUGAUUCCUCCGGGCAGUGGCCUCCUGCUGGAGGACCCCUGGAUCUCGGGGCCACUCGACUCCCUCGUCGAGGUCACCGUGCUCCUGCCCAACGGUCUCAUACUCCUGCUCCAAGUUCACAAGGAGUCCACGCUCGAGCAACUUAAGGAGUCGACAUGGCGCGAGGCGCAGCAGCUGCCCCUGUUCCGAGUGCUGCGCGACCGCAAUGCAUACGUGUUCACGUGCGUCAGCGAGCGGACCUCGGAGCGCGAGGAGUUCGCCGACGAAGAGCGGCGGCUGUGCGACGUGCGGCCCUUCCAGGCGCUUCUCAGGCUCGUCGACCGGCGCGCCGACAAGGCCGACCGAGCUGUCAACACACAGAUUGGACUGCUCAUCGGGAAAGGCGUCAACAGCUUCGAGGCCCUGCAGUGUCCCGAGGUGAACGAGUUCCGGCGCAAUAUGCGCUCCUUCUGCAGCGGCAUCGCCGAAGAGCGCGCCGAGUGGCCUCCGCUCGAACAGGUCAAGUACCGGUACCCGGCGCGCGUCGACCGGUGCUCGUCGCGCUUUCCGCCGCCCCACAUGGCCGACAGGGUGUCCGAGGACACCGCGUUCGACGCGCACAUCCUGCUCGAGAGAGGGAGCACGUUAACCGUGAGCACGUCGGUGAGCGCCACCCCACAGCAGCUGCUUCAGCAGGCCAUGCAGAACGCCGGCACGGAGGAGCAGUUCCUGUGCCACACAGUUGAGAGCCUCGUGCUCAAGGUGUGCGGUCGAGGAGAGUACCUGCUCGAGGAGCUGCCUCUUCUGCAGUACAAGUAUGUUCAAGACAAGAUCUCGGAAGGCAGGCCACCGCAAUUUGUGAUUGUGCCCAUCAGCGAUAUUCCGACCGACCACGACAUCGUGUACGCACAGAUCGAGCAGAGUGAGCCCGUCAAUGGAUGUUCGCGGGCAGCACUGCAUCAAGGUCAGAGCGUGUCGGCGUGGACGAUCAAGGAAGCCUUCCGCGUUAAAGUUGCGUCAGCCUCAGCCAUCAACGUCGAACCUGGAGCCAAGCUGGCGGUGGAGGCCGGCCUUUACCACGGCACGGAGCUUCUGUGCGAGACGCGGCGUACGGGAGAGUGCGCGGUCAACGAUGGCCGAUGCACCUGGGACCAGGAGCUUGAGUUCACGUUGCCCGUGCAGGACGUUCCCAAUGCAGCUCGACUCUCCCUCGUCAUGUACGAGGUCACCAAGGGCGCCAGGGGAGGAGCACAGCGCUCCCGCAGGAGACUCGGACCGGAGUUAUUCGCCGCGCCUCUGGCAUGGGCGAACGUGACAGCGUACGACUACCGCGGCGUCUUACGCUCCGGCUCCAUGGAACUCAGCUUGUGGGCUUACGCCGAUGACCCACAGGCGGAUGAGCCGGCCAUGCUGAACCCACUGGGGACAGCCGUCGCCAACCCAGACCGACGACAGGCUACGCUUCUGUGGCUUACAUUCCACACGUACGACGCCAGCCGACUUGUCUGCUUCCCCAAGCUGGACGAGAUACUGGAGUGCGCCGCAUCGUGCGUCAAAGAGCAAGGUUCCUCGGCGCACGGAAUAGGCCACGCUAGCAAAAGCCACCGCCAGCAGCUGCGGCAGAUCGCCGAACAGGACCCGCUGGCUCCGGUGCACGAGCAAGACAAGCAGUUGCUCUGGUUCCUGCGUUACGACUGCCUCGAGGUGCCACACUCCCUGCCCAAACUGCUGCUCUCCCUGCGCUGGAGCCGCCACGAGGACGUCGCCAUGAUGCAAGCAUUGCUGCAGAUAUGGAAGCUUCUCAAGCCGGAGCAAGCUUUAGAGCUCCUAGACUACAGUUAUCCCGACAAUUUCGUCAGAAGCUUCGCCGUCCGCUGCCUGCACCAGAUGGACGAUGAGGAGCUGUCGUUGUACCUCCUGCAACUCGUUCAAGCGCUCAAGCACGAGUCAUACCUGGAGUGUGAUCUAGUCAAGUUUCUUCUGGAAAGGGCGCUGAAAAACAGGCACAUCGGGCAUCAGAUGUUCUGGCUGCUGAGGUGCGAGAUGCACGUGGCUGCGCUCAGCGUCAAGUUCGGCUUGAUCCUCGAGGCGUACUGCCACGGCGCACCGGAGCACCGUGAGGCGUUGCUGCGCCAAGCCGAGGCCAUGUUCAAGCUGCGUGCCCUGGGCGAGCAGGUCCACUUGGAAGCCAGCAAAAGAAAGGACAGCCGAGACAAACUGGUGGCCUCGAUGCGGGAGAGCAUGGCAAAGGAGACUUUUCGGGCCACCUUCCGCAACCUGUGCAGCCCACUGGAUCCGUGCCACGUGUUCAGCCACAUCAAGCCUGAAAAAUGCCGGUUUAUGGACUCCAAAAUGAAACCGCUUUGGCUAGUUUUCGAAAAUAGCGACUCUGCCGCAGAAGACAUUGCUAUCAUUUUCAAAUACGGGGAUGAUUUGCGGCAAGACAUGCUAACGUUGCAAAUGAUUCGCAUCAUGGACAAGAUAUGGAAGGACGAAGGUUACGACUUCAGAAUGAUCCCGUACCAGUGCUUGUCUACGGACCACAACGUGGGCCUGAUCGAGGUGGUGCGCCGGUCAAACACAAUUGCCAACAUCCAAAAGAUGCACAACUCCAGUGCCACGUCGGCCUUCAAGAAAGAUUCUCUCCUGGCAUGGAUCAAGGACCACAACAAGACAUCCGAGAGCCUCAAGAAAGCAGUGGAGAACUUCACCUUAUCGUGCGCGGGUUACUGCGUGGCUACGUAUGUUCUCGGCGUAGCAGAUCGACAUAGUGACAACAUUAUGGUCAAGUCCAAUGGAGAGCUGUUCCAUAUAGACUACGGUCACAUCCUGGGCAAGUUCAAGGAGAAAUUCGGCAUCAAGCGGGAACGGGUGCCGUUUGUGCUCACGCACGACUUCGUGCACGUCAUCACACACGGACGCCGAAACAGCACUGCGUUUAGCAGGUUCCAACAACUGUGCGAGGAGGCGUUCAUCAUUCUACGGCGACACGGGUCGCUCAUCAUCUCCCUGUUCGCCAUGAUGCUGACCACCGGCAUGCCCGAACUGACCUCGGAGAAAGACCUGGACUACCUGCGCGACGCCCUGGUGCUGGACUACUCCGAGACCGACGCGCUGGCCCACUUCCGGGCCAAGUUCGAGGAGGCACAUAACAACAGUUGGACCACGAGCAUCAACUGGUUCGCACACAAUAUCAGCAAGGACAACAAGUGACUCCUGUGAUUCUCCUCGUGUGCCGCGCUCUCGCUAUGUGCCAUAUACCACAACAGCUCUCUGAACUCACUUCGUUUUUACAUGUUUGCACUGUGAGGGUAUUUUUUUAAUGCAGCGUUCUUUCUGUAAAUUAAACUGUUUUACAAUACAACCCUA